CUGACGGGCGGGGGCGGGAGGGGACGGGCGGGGGACCGACCGCCUCGUAGGUCGGGCGGCGGCGCGCAGACACCGGGCCCGGCUCCUGAGGGCGCCAGCGCGGCCCCGGGAAGCGCGAGCAGCCGGUGAGCGCGCGGCCUACCGUUGGCGGCCUAGUCCGCCGCGCUCAACACCCACCCGGCCCGAAGUUGAGGCCCUGGUCCCCGGGAAGAUGGUGUCCUGGAUGAUCUCCAGAGCCGUGGUGCUGGUGUUUGGAAUGCUCUAUCCUGCAUAUUAUUCAUACAAAGCUGUGAAAACAAAAAACGUGAAGGAGUAUGUUCGCUGGAUGAUGUACUGGAUUGUUUUUGCCAUCUACACUGUGAUUGAAACAGUAGCUGAUCAAACAGUCGCUUGGUUUCCCUUAUACUAUGAGUUGAAGAUUGCCUUUGUCAUAUGGCUACUUUCUCCCUAUACCAAAGGAGCAAGUUUAAUAUAUAGAAAAUUCCUUCAUCCACUUCUUUCUUCAAAGGAAAGGGAAAUUGAUGAUUACAUUGUGCAGGCAAAGGAGCGAGGCUAUGAGACCAUGGUGAACUUUGGACGACAAGGUUUAAACUUGGCAGCUACUGCUGCCGUCACUGCCGCUGUGAAGAGCCAAGGAGCAAUAACAGAGCGUUUGCGCAGUUUCAGUAUGCAUGACUUGACAGCUAUCCAAGGUGAUGAGCCUGUGGGACAAAGACCAUAUCAGCCUUUACCAGAAGCUAAAAGGAAAAGCAAAGCAGCCCCCAGCGAAUCAGCAGCUUAUGGAAUUCCAUUGAAAGAUCGAGGUGAAAAAACUGAUGAAGAAGCCGAAGGUCCAUAUUCGGAUGAUGAGAUGUUAACACACAAAGGGCUGAGAAGAUCCCAAAGCAUGAAAUCAGUGAAAACUGUCAAAGGCCGCAAGGAGGUGCGGUAUGGUUCCCUAAAGUACAAAGUGAAGAAGAGACCACAAGUGUAUUUUUAGUCUGCACUUCGAAUAUCCCAAGAUAAAUAAUGUUAAUAAGUCAGUUUGGGCUGGGAGGUGGAGCUCAUUUUCUAUCAUGAUAAACUUAGGUUUUGCGCAUUAAUUGUUUGGAUUGUGGCGGUGAUAGUAUUUACUUUGGUAAACUUAUAUAGGUUUUGCUUAACAAUUUCAGAAUACUGACUACUAAAGGUCGUUAUGCAAGGUUUAUUAAUGUAUGUAUCAGAUUACGGAAAAUCAUGUUAGCUGUUUUCAAAUGCAAUAUUGAGUGCCUGGAACACAAGAUGACACAAAAACCCAGAGUAUACUUGAAGAGUCUUUUUAUCAUUGUUGUGUUACAUUGUGUUCACCUCCAUCUGUGUUAUUUCUAUCACAUGAAGAUUGUAAUGAAAUAGGCUUCUGGUAGGGCUGUGAUAGAUAAAGGACAUAAUGUAAAAUCAUAAAGAACCUUCUAUAUAUAUUCUUUAAGUUUUUAUCUUUUAAUACCUAACAUUAACUGAAAGUUCUUAAAACAAAUAUUUGAAAAUCAGGUAUCUAUAUAGCACUUUCCUGACUAGUUUUGCACACUUGAGAAUUGUUUACUUAUCUGACAACUGUACAUUGAGUUAAAUUUUAUUGACAGUUUAUCAUUGUCAUACUCUGACAUGUCAAAUUCAUGCCUUGAAAUAUAUCAUCUCUUUUUUCUGUGGGUUUCAUUUUUUUUAUUUGUGGGAUUCAUUAAUAUAAAAAUUUGCCUAGUUGUUCAAUUUUUAUCUCUAUAUGAGAAGUCAUUUUAAACACUAGCCAGUUUUUCAUAUUUAGCUAUGAAAUAUAGUUGAAUUAAGCAUGUUUUUGUCAGCAUCAGUUACAUUUUCAGCUUCUAAAAGUGGUUGCUUUCGUGAAAUACAGUUAGAGACCAGUACAGCACAUAGAUAUCUCCUAGCCCAUAAACUUAUUCAGUAGUCAUUUUGGCACCAGUGACUCACACUUAUAAUCCUAGCUACUCAGGGGGCUGAGAUCUAAGGAUGGAAGUUCAAAGCCUGCCUGGGCAGAAAAGUCCUUAAGACUGUAUUUCCAAGUAACCAGCAAAAAGCCAGAACUGGAGGAAGUAAAGAUAUAGCUGAGGUGUUAUGGUGCUAUUUGUGAAUGGAAAAAGCCAAGCAAGGCCAAAAGUUCAAGCCAGAGUCUGUUUCAGCACUAUAUAUACACCUCCAGUAGUCAAUUCAUUCACAGACUCACAGUAUAUACAGGUUGCCGGUUUAUAAAUCUGGUAGACUAAAAUCAUUUGAAUGUUUUUUUUGGCCAAGAUAAUUUCCUGAAGAUGCGCGCCAGUAUACAGUGAACAGACAUCAUUAAUCCCACACAUCACAGGCUAUUCAGAAAGUUAGCAUUUUUUUAAUCUAAGCAAUUUGGAGAUAUUUUUGAGGUUGCACUAACAGCUAUGAACCUUAAAUCAGCGUAUCUUUGGCAAUGGUUUUGAUGUUCAGUAAUCAAAUCUGUAUUUAUUACACUUACUCAUUGUACUUGGUUACCCUAAAGAAACACAAAAGAGAUUUGUGAGAUCUUCAACCUUCCUACCUUUCAAUAAGCAAAGCCAGCUGGCAAUGUAUAUGCAGGGCCUCGUGUUCUGACUGGCUACAGAAUGUUUAUUCAGGAGUACGUAGGGAUCAUUCAUCCAUUGUCUCUUAAUACUGCUCUUGGGAUUUUCUACAUGAUCUCAAAGUCUUGAUGCAUAGCACCAAGUGAAAAUUCAUUCCGUUUUUUUUUU